AUGGGAGAAGACAACCAAACCUCUAACCUGGAUUUCUUCCUCCUGGGAGAUAGUGGUCAUCAGGAACAAGAAACGUUCUUCUUCAUCUUCUUCCUGUUCAUUUAUCCCAUCAUAUUGAUUGGAAACCUGCUCAUCAUCUUGGCCAUUCGCUCUAACAUUCGCCUUCACAACCCCAUGUAUUUUCUCCUUGCCAAUCUCUCCUUAGUUGACAUCUUCUUCUCCUCUGUAGCCAUUCCUAAGAUGCUGGUCAAUCAUCUCUUGGGCACCAAAGCCAUCUCCUUUGGAGGAUGCUUAACACAGAUGUAUUUUAUUAUUGGCAUGGCUAACAGCUAUAUCUUGGCAGCAAUGGCAUGCGAUCGUGCUGUGGUCAUCAGCCGCCCACUUCAUUACACAACAAUUAUGAGCUCACAAUCUCGUGUCCUGCUAAUUCUUGGGUCUUGGGUGGUUGGACGUGCCAACGCCCUCCCACACACUCUGCUGACAGCUAGUCUGUCCUUCUGUGGAAACCAGGAAGUGGCCAACUUCUACUGUGACAUUGCCUCUUUGCUCAAGCUGUCCUGUUCUGACAUCCACUUCAAUGUGAAGAUGAUGUACCUAGGAGUUGCUGUUUUCUCCAUGCCAUUACUAUGCAUUAUCAUCUCCUAUGUUCAGGUCUUUUCCACAGUCUUACGUGUUCCAUCCACCAAAGGUGUGCGCAAAACCUUCUCCACCUGUGGUUCCCACCUCACAGUUGUUUCUUUGUAUUAUGGGACAGUCAUGGGCAUGUAUUUCCGCCCUUUAACUAGUUAUAGCCUAAAGGAUGCUGUGAUAACUGUGAUGUACAUUGCAGUGACCCCAAUGUUAAAUCCUUUCAUUUAUAGUCUGAGAAAUAGGGACAUGAAGGCUGCCCUGAGGAAACUCUUCAACAAUGGAAUAUCCUCAUAA